AUGUCAAUAUCAGUUAACAGUAACAAUCUUACUUUUGUUAACGAUUUGAAUCCUGGGAAAGAUAUGUGGAACAUGAAAGCGAGAAUUAUUCGAAAAUGGAAUCAACGUUACAAAAUGGAUCUCAUCUUCAUUGAUGAAAAGGGUGCUAAGAUUCAAGCAAGUAUUAAGAGUCAUCUGAUACCUGUUUUUGAUGGACAGCUUCAAGAAGAUGUUGUGAUUCUGUCGAAAUUUGGUGUUGGAUAUGUGGUUUGUUGUGGAGAUCUUGAAAUCUUUGAUCGACCUCCAAAGGAGACUAAGAAGAUCAAUUUCGAUAUUCAAGACUUGGAGGGUCUGGUUUUGCGGUGUACUGUGUGGAAUGAUUAUGCCCUGCAGUUUAAGGAGUUCAUCUCUAAAAUCCCACCUCAUGAGCAUGUGAUGGUUGUUAUACAGCAUGGAAAGUGUAAGGAAUGGAAAUGUGAAUAUACAGUUCAAAGUGAUAGGUUUGCAACACAAAUUUUUCUGAACGAAGAAAUUGAUGAAGUUAAUGAGCUGAGGAGAGCGUUUUUUCCAUUGCAUAAAGAAUUUGUAACUGAUGGUGUGAAGAAACAUGUUGAUGAGAUUAGUGAGAUAGAAAAGGAAAUGUCUUGUGUUGUGGUUGCGAAAAUUAAGAUUGUGCAAGAAGAGUAUGGUUGGUUUUAUCUUGCCUGUCGUAAGUGUUUCAAGAAGGUGAUGGGUAAAAGUGAAUACUUGCAGAAUGUUGAAAAUGUUUCGGAUGAUAUUAUUCGAUUGCCUGCGACUUCUUUGGUUUGUCCCAAAUGUCGUAGUGAAUGUUCAAGGUGCAAGUCCGGGGAGAGUGGUAGUGUUUCUUUUGUAAUGUUUGAUAGAGAUGUUCAGAAGCUUCUUGGAUUAGCGACGAGUGACAUAAGAGAGAGGCAGGUGAAGGCGAAUGAUACUGGAUGUUUCCCUCAUGAGAUAUUUCGAUUGGUUGAUAAGAAGACUGCUUUUAAGAUUAAUGUUUUAGAGUUCAAUCUUAAAAAUGACUAUCAUGUUUAUACCGUGCAAAAAACAUGUGAUGAUCCAGUAAUAAUUGCUGAGUUGGUUGGUGGAGAUGGUAAUGGUGCUGAAAAUAUUGAUGAGGUUACUCAAGAGGUAGCUGAAGUUAAGGAUGUUAACCUUUCAGAAUCUUCCCAAGUGUCGUCUGCUGAGCGAACUUCAAGGUUACGGCCGACUCUUCAGCCGUUGAAGUUGAAAAAGAUUCUGGAUCAAGUCCCAAUGGAAAAAUGGAAAGCGGAUAGCUCAAGAUGCUGA